AUGGCAUUUAACAAAUUUUCUUUAUUCCUGAUACUUUGUCUAUGCGUUCUAUCAACUGCAGAAUUUGGAGAAGCACAAAUCCCAACCGGAAAAAAAUGCUCAGAUCCAAACGGCUUCGACGAUAAAGCGAAGUGUCAGGGUUACUGUAGAGAUCAGGGUUAUCUCGGUGGUGGUUGCCAAGGCUACAAAAAUCAUUAUAUGUGCGAGUGUUAUGAAGGAUAA